AUGAUGCUCCCUAGCCCGUUAACCUCAACGCCAUUUUCUGUUAAGGAUAUACUUAAAUUGGAGCAGCAGUCUGAUCAUCUCCUCCGCCACCAGUCUUUGCAUCUAGCACACCCUCACGCACCCUUACACCCAGAGCUGCCGCAACACUCUCGGUCGCCUCCAUCCUGUUUGCUCGGCGGUGGAGACAGAGGCGGCUUUUCGGACGGCGAAGAGAAGAUGUCUUUUCUGAAUACACUAUCCGCACAAGAUAACCUAAUGGACCCAAGUCUAUCCCCACAAAUGUAUGUUCAUUCCGCACUGGGUCAAUCCGCCGAACCCAAAUUUGAAGACGAACUUGAGGACCAAGAAACCAAGAGCUGUGGCACUUCGAUCAGAUCUCCAGAAUGCGAAGGCGAAAUUCAACUGGAUACGGAGCGAGCGCAGCGGCAGAGGACCAGGCGGAAACCCAGGGUUCUCUUCUCCCAAGCGCAGGUCUUCGAGUUGGAGAGGCGCUUCAAGCAACAACGAUACUUAUCUGCGCCAGAGAGAGAACACUUGGCCAGCACACUGAAACUUACGUCGACGCAGGUGAAAAUAUGGUUUCAAAAUCGAAGAUACAAAUGUAAACGGCAGAGGCAAGAUAAAUCUCUUGAGAUGGCUGGACAUCAUCAUCCACCGCCUCCAAGGCGAGUGGCAGUGCCGGUUUUAGUUCGGGACGGCAAACCUUGUUUAUCGGGAUCACAGACGUACAAUGCAACAUAUACUGUAGGAGCAAAUCCGUAUACUUACAAUGGUUAUCCGUCAUACAACAACGCGGCAUACACAAACGGCUACAGCUGCACAUACUCCAGCAUACCAGCUCUUCCGACGAAUACAACGGCCAACGCGUUAAUGUCCAUGAGCCUCAGUAACAUCGGAACGGCCUCUCAGCCUCAAGCUCCUCAAGGAACAACGAUUUCACCCUGUCAAGGAGCUCUGCAGGGCAUUCGCGCUUGGUAG